AUGACGCCAGCUCUGUGUGUAUUGCUGUAUCUUGUGUCUGAGACGGGCGCUAAGUCCAGGUUCGAUCCCAACAAGGUUGUAAUGAAGGCACAUGCGCCUGUCUAUGAUACGUGGAACUUCACGCUGGAUGGAAUGUUUGUGUCCGGCUUGCAGGAACUAUCGGCAUGUCGCCGGGAUCUCAGGGCACUGGAGAGGGAGGCAGCGCACCUCGAGACACGUGGGCAGGCGGAAGGAGGAACUGCUGCGUCUCCAGAAUGUCCGGAACCGCCCCCAGUGAACAACGCGAUUGUGACUAGGGAUGGAAACGAGGCUUGGUAUUCUUGUAAAGACAACUUCCGCUUCCGAGGCAUCAGCCAAUCAGCUUCUUGCAGGGCGGACGGCGAGUGGAAGUUUUUCUCCAACAGUCUGGGUGUUUGUUCUCCAACAGUGUAG